ACCGGAUUCUUUCUCCAUUGUAUCAAAGAUACUGAAAUAUUUUAUCUCGGCUUUAUAAGAUAUGGAAAGGUGGCUGCUUUAGAAUAAGAAGAAAAACAGAGCAAAAAUGGCGGAAUUUCCACUCAAUGCGACAAAUCUGGAGACAACCCAUUACUCCUAACACCCGUCUCUUGUCGUCGCAUCCUGGGUUUUCUUUGUUUGAUGGAUGGAGUUCGCUUAAAGCAAGCUAAAAUAGAUAUGUGGACUGAGAGAGAAGAAUGCCCGUGGUUUUUUUGCUGAAGUUCCUCCAAUUCUGGUCAUUUCGGGUUUGAACAGCCCAUUUGAUUGAGUUGCAUGAAGCUGUUAUUGUAGAUUUGGGAAUGGGGUUUCAAGCUUUCUUUGUUCUCUUUCUAUGCUCUCUUCCUGAGAUUUUUGCCCAAGAGGCUGUAGAUGCAACCAUUGUAAUCGAGGGUGCGGCCACAAUAUCCAAGACCGACGAUAAUUUUGUGUGUGCUACUCUUGAUUGGUGGCCCCCUGAAAAGUGCAACUAUGAUCACUGCCCAUGGGGUCAAGCUUCUGUUCUAAAUCUGGACCUGGAUCAUCCCUUUCUUGCUACGGCCAUUAAAGCUUUCCAUCCUCUAAGAAUAAGAGUAGGAGGUUCUCUCCAAGACCAAGUUGUUUAUGAUGUUGGGAAAUUGGGGUCUCCAUGCCAUCCAUUUAGAAAGAUGGCAGAUGGGUUGUUCGGAUUCUCCAAAGGUUGCUUGCGUAUGGACAGGUGGGAUGAGCUGAACCUGUUAUUCAAGAAAACGGGAUCAGUUGUGACAUUUGGUCUUAAUGCACUCUACGGGAGGCAUCAGAUAAAAAAGGGUGUAUGGGGAGGUGCUUGGAACUCUAGUAAUGCUCGCAGUUUGAUAGAAUACACCAUUUCGAAGGGAUAUAAUGUUGAUUCAUGGGAAUUUGGAAAUGAGUUGAGUGGAAAAGGUAUUGGUGCAAGUGUUGGUGCUGAACAGUAUGGAAAGGAUCUAAUUGGCCUUAAAGCUAUCCUCAACAACCUAUACAAGAAGUCGAAAAUACAGCCGUCGCUGUUGGCACCUGGAGGUUUCUUUGAAAAAAAGUGGUAUACUCAACUUCUUCAGGUUUCCGGGUCAAACGUUGUUGAUGUCUUGACACAUCAUAUAUAUAAUCUUGGUGCAGGUGUUGACCCUCAUCUUGUUGAUAAGAUCUUGGAUCCCCAUCAGUUAAGUCACAUAGCUGGAACAUUCAGAGAUCUCCAACUAACAAUAAAAACACAUGGUCCAUGGGCUUCUGCUUGGGUUGGGGAAUCUGGCGGGGCCUACAACAGUGGGGGACGGCGGGUCUCCGACACCUUUGUAAACAGUUUUUGGUACUUAGAUCAGCUCGGAAUGGCAUCCAAGUAUGGUACUAAGGCGUACUGUAGGCAGAGUUUACUUGGUGGCAACUAUGGCCUUUUGAACAAAACAACUUUUGUUCCUAACCCUGAUUACUACAGUGCAUUGCUAUGGCAUCGGCUGAUGGGAAAAGGAGUUCUUGCUGUUAAUUAUAGUGGCUCUCCAUUUUUACGUGCCUAUGCCCAUUGUUCGAAAGGAAAGGCUGGUGUGACUUUGCUUCUGAUCAAUCUAAGCAACACCACUGAGUUUGCUGUCACCAUCAGAAAUGAGAUGAACCUCAAUCAUCGCGUAGAUGAAGACGUUCAAAGAGAAGGUUCUUUUAUGACCGGUCUCAAGAGAACAGUUGCGUGGGUUGGUAGGAAAGCAUCGGAUGUGUCAGACCAGAGGGAAGAGUACCAUCUGACCCCCAAAGAUGGCUACCUCCGAAGCCAAACCAUGCUCCUCAAUGGGAAUCCUUUGGAGCUGACCGAGGAUGGGAACAUCCCGGCUUUGGAUCCUGUUCUUGUCGACGUGAGCUCGCCUAUAGCCAUCGCUCCUUUGUCCAUUGCCUUCGCCUCUUUGCCAAAGUUUGAGUCAGCCGCUUGUGCAUGAUUACUGUAUGUAUAUCCUAUCUCUACUCGUAAUGUUGUAUUUUGCAGAAGCUUAAGAGCUAAAAUGUUGCAUUAAAGCUUGGUGAAUUCAAGUGGCUCCACCUAGCUUCCCCAUGUGUGAAAGAAUAAGUUCCAUUUUUAAUCCAUCCAAGAUGUAAUUGUUUAUAUAAAUUUCACCAACUGAAUUGUGAUA